AUGGAGGACCGUGCGGCAAAAGCGGAGCGUGCACGCAAACAACUGUAUAGGCACCGUGAGAUCCAACGUCGGAAACGCCAAUCAUUGCUUCUCGAACCUGCACCCAGCGCCGCUGAAUCAAACGCGGUUUCAUCCCAUGCGCCUGCGUCUCCCAAGGCAGCCACACACGAAACUUUGAUAUCACAUCCCAAGCCGCAGACACAGCUGCAGCCGCAGCCAGCUGUGGAGGCGCCAACGAGUUCUCAUGUCGAGAAUCCGCCGUCUGAACCUGCAUGUGAACCUGCUCACUUUGCGUCUGAACUAUGGUCAUCCGAUCAGCCAUUGGAACAAACGGCUGCUUUCGAUUUCGUACAACCAGAAGAGACGGAUGCGUCACACGGGAUAAAGAAUCAGCACCAGAUACCACACCCGACCGAGCCCGCAUACACAGAGCCGUUCAAUGCACCCUAUUCCGCCGAUGAUCGCUCGCUGCCUGCAGACGAUUACGAUAAACCUGCGGCACAGCUCACAGACGAGCCUGAGACUGUGCAGGAGGCUGAGCCAGCCACGGGGCUUUUUUCGUCGGCGUACGAGCCAGCCACGGACUCGGACUUUCUCUCAUCGACACGCCAUUCGUCCCUGGACUUGUUCCAUGCCAAUCCACACCUGCGAAAUCUGUACGCACCCAGUCCACAGCGCCCUAAAUCCAUGGACAAUUUCGCCGAAAGCUUCGAGGCUUCUGUUGACGAGCCGACCGUGCAUGACACACAAGAUGAACAGCCCAACCAUGCUGCCUCUUCUUUGUUUGCGACGGCCGACUCCGACAAAUCUGGCACACCAGCCACCACUCUCGACUAUGCUCCUGCCGUGAAUGAGUCUGCGCAGCGCGAGCAGGCAUACUCAAACGACGCAUACACGUAUGAUGAUGCCUAUUUGCAAGAUGAUGUGUAUGACCACAAUAAUGCCUAUGGAAAGGAUGGCGCAUUUGAAUUGGACGAUCCAUACGAGCAAGACUAUGCGUAUGGACACGACGAUGCGUACGGCCAAAACCAUGUCGAUGCACAUGAGUAUUAUGCCCCGCAUAAUUAUGGUCAUGACGAGCCUUACACAUCUGCGUACACCCAGGACUAUGCGCACGAUGUGUAUGAAGCAACCGCUGACCCCAGCUCCGAGUAUCACUCCGAUGGCCACUUCGAUGAUCCCGCCACAUUUGAGCUGCAUGAUCCACACGAUGCGUUGCCUACUGCACAGGACUUUGAUCCCGAGCACAUGCUCGAGCCCAUUUCCGAACAGAGCCAAGAGUCCAAUACCACACCACCGUCUUCAUCGUCGCCGAAACUUCAACACCCAAACACCGAUACCAAGGAUGCGCAGCAUGGCUCUGCUGAUGCAUCUGGUGCACCACUUGGCAGUGGGGCAGCAUCCGCUGACCACUUAUUUGACCAGCCAUUGUCGUCAAGUAACGACGCUCUCUUUGAAAUGCCUGCCUCAUCCACGGCACCAGGUGAUCCGCCUCACGUGGCAGAUCAACUCUUUGCCGAGAACGAUAUGCCCUCAUGGGAUGACGAUUCAGAUGAUAAGAACGUGCCGUCUGUAGCCCAAGAGGAUCCAGCAUAUGCUACCUCCGAGCCGUGCACCAAACGAUCCGCCACGGCCGACUCUGCAUCAGAGCCUGUCGCAACGGCAUCUGCGCCUGCCUCUUCAUCACACCUUGACGAGCUUUGCACACAACUCUCCAACCUGCAGCUUGCUCAUGACGCCACGCAGACCCAGCUGACGUCCGUGCAGGCAGAGUACAAGUCCUGUACAGACCAGCUCCACACCGUCACGGCCAAGCUCGAGGCAUUGCAAGCGGAUUACGCAACCCUUCUUGCCGCACACACCUCGUUAAAAGCGGAGCGCGAUGAUCUAUCCCAGCAAUCUGCUACCGCUGCAAAGGAGCAUAACGACCAAGUGGCGCAUCUUGAGACAGAGCUUGCCAAGCUCCAAGAGGCGUCUAACGCGUCACGUGAGAGGGAGUCGCAAUACAUUCAGACCAUCCAAGCCUUUGAGGAGGAACAGCAGCGGCGGCAGUCCGAGAAUACGUUGGUGCCCGUCUCAGCAGCGGCAGACCAAGGCCUACCGAGCCGCAUCGAUGAAGCACGGCGCAGCCUAUCGGGUACACAUGGACGAACGCACAAACGCAGUGCAACGACAUCAGCAGCAGCGCCACGCCUUCCUCCUCUCGCGGAGCAAGAGCUCAGUGUGCAACUUCCUCGGCGACAGCCAACCGACAAGCCGCGAAUGCGCCGUAAUCCCGAUAUGCCAGCGAGUCAGCAGCACCAGCGGAAGACGAGUCUCUCCAUGCUUCGUGCACGCAUGUCGUCAGAUGCCUCAGACGCCACUCCCUUUACGCCCUCACUCCCCACGCGGAAACUAUCCAUCGUGCAGACGGGUGACGACAACGUCGCGAGCUCUGUGCAGAACCGUGUCGACAUGGCACGGACACAGUCCAAUCAGUUUUCUCAAGAUGCGCUCUUGUUCUGCAGUUCGUGCAAGGGCGAUUUGAUCAUUGUCUAA